GAACUAAACACAGUGUUAGUAGAUAAACCUCCUGCACCGGAGAGAAGCGCAAGUUUUGCCGGCGACACGACGCUGUGUUUGGUUUUCUUCCGUUGUUUCAGCAGACGGAAAGAGCUCGUUAACCGGGAAAAUCCCCAAAUGUUUCUGGUUUUGUUCAAUUGAACUUGAGAUUUCUUUCAAUGGAGAUUGCGAUUCCGUAUAAACCGAACCCUCUUAUCUCUUCGCCGACGAACUUGCUCAAAAGACCUAAAAGUUUCGGUCUUGUUCGGUUUCCCGCAAAGUAUGGACACCGAGUUACGAGGAAAAAUCCAAUCUUUCGCGUCUACGCGUCUGAAAGUAGUAAUGGGUCUUCGUCUAAUAACGGUGGAGGGUUCUCGUGGGUGAGGUUGACGCAGUCUCUCCGUGUUGGCGUGGAGCGGAUCGGGGAGAAGAUUGGAAAGUCUGUGAAGAAGGAAACUGGGUUUGACCCGGAAGAAGCAGGUGCGAGAGUUGAUGAGUAUGUGGGUCGAGUUAAGGAUAUCGUGAAGAAGGGCCAGGGCGAGUUGACUCGCUUUAGGACUGAGAUAGUGCCUUCGUUUAUUGAUUGGAACAAGUGGGAACACUGGAAGGACAUCAAGAAUUGGGACGGUAGACGAGUUGCUGCACUGAUGAUAUAUGCUUUUGCGCUGUUAUUUUCUUGUCAACGAGUUUAUGUUGCCGUCCAAGCUCCCCGGAUAGAACGAGAAAGAAGAGAGUUAACUGAGUCUUUUAUGGAGGCUUUGAUCCCCGAGCCAUCUCCUGACAAUAUAGAUAAGUUUAAGAGAAAUAUGUGGAGGAAGACAACACCUAAAGGCUUGAAACUAAAAAGGUUCAUUGAAGCGCCUGAUGGAACACUUGUCCACGAUAGUUCCUAUGUUGGAGAAAACGCAUGGGAUGAUGAUCUGGAGAUAACAGAGGGGUCUCUCAAAAAAAUCAUUGACAGAAAUGCGAGGAUUCAGACAGAGGCAAAGAAGAAACUAAGCCGUGAUUUGGGUGUCUCUGGUGAAGUUGGAGGCAGUGUAGGUACAUGGCAGGAAAGGCUUGCAACCUGGAAGGAGAUGUUGGAAAGGGAAAAGUUAUCAGAGCAGUUAAACUCCUCAAGGGCCAAGUAUGUUGUUGAAUUUGAUAUGGAAGAGGUUGAGAAAAGUCUUUGCAAAGAUGUUGUUGAAAAGACCUCUGAAACUGAGGGAACUAGAGCUCUCUGGAUAUCAAAGAGAUGGUGGCGUUAUCGCCCUAAGCUUCCUUAUACCUAUUUUCUCCAGAAGCUUGAUUCUUCCGAGGUUGCAGCUGUUGUCUUCACGGAAGAUCUAAAGAGAUUGUAUGUGACGAUGAAAGAAGGUUUCCCUCUAGAAUAUAUUGUUGACAUUCCGUUAGAUCCAUACUUGUUUGAGACUAUUUCUAACUCAGGAGUUGAGGUGGAUCUCCUUCAGAAAAGGCAGAUCCACUACUUCAUGAAAGUGUUCAUUGCACUUCUGCCUGGGAUACUAAUUCUAUGGUUCAUAAGAGAAUCCGCCAUGCUUCUCCUAAUCACAUCAAAGCGGUUUCUAUACAAGAAGUAUAAUCAGCUGUUUGAUAUGGCUUAUGCGGAAAAUUUUAUACUGCCGGUUGGAGAUGUCAGUGAGACAAAAUCAAUGUAUAAGGAAGUGGUACUAGGCGGUGAUGUUUGGGAUCUUCUUGAUGAGCUAAUGAUCUACAUGGGAAACCCAAUGCAAUACUAUGAAAAAGAUGUUCCCUUUGUCAGGGGUGUGCUUCUUUCUGGACCUCCUGGGACAGGGAAAACACUUUUUGCUCGAACACUGGCAAAGGAAAGUGGACUACCAUUUGUGUUUGCGUCUGGUGCGGAGUUCACAGAUAGUGAAAAAAGUGGUGCUGCAAAGAUCAAUGAGAUGUUUUCAGUGGCGAGACGAAAUGCACCUGCUUUUGUGUUUGUGGAUGAAAUUGAUGCCAUUGCUGGUAGGCAUGCUAGGAAAGAUCCACGAAGACGAGCAACUUUUGAAGCUUUAAUUGCACAGCUCGAUGGAGAGAAGGAAAAGACAGGCAUUGAUAGGUUUUCUCUGAGACAAGCUGUGAUAUUUAUCUGCGCUACCAAUAGACCUGAUGAACUCGACCUUGAGUUUGUCCGCUCUGGACGUAUUGACCGUCGGCUGUAUAUUGGUUUGCCUGAUGCAAAGCAAAGGGUGCAAAUAUUUGGAGUUCACAGCGCCGGGAAAAACCUUGCUGAAGAUAUAGACUUUGGGAAGCUUGUUUUCCGGACAGUUGGGUUCUCUGGGGCAGAUAUCCGGAACCUUGUUAAUGAAGCAGCUAUAAUGUCGGUAAGGAAGGGACGUUCGUAUAUAUAUCAGCAAGACAUUGUUGAUGUGUUAGAUAAACAAUUACUCGAGGGUAUGGGCGUACUUCUCACAGAGGAAGAGCAACAGAAAUGUGAACAAAGUGUAUCUUAUGAAAAGAAGAGACUCCUGGCUGUUCAUGAGGCUGGUCAUAUAGUAUUGGCUCAUUUGUUUCCUCGGUUUGACUGGCAUGCAUUUUCGCAGCUCCUUCCUGGUGGCAAGGAAACUGCUGUUUCAGUGUUCUAUCCACGGGAAGACAUGGUGGACCAAGGUUAUACGACAUUUGGUUAUAUGAAGAUGCAAAUGGUGGUAGCUCAUGGUGGACGCUGUGCUGAACGUGUGGUUUUUGGAGAUGAUUUCACUGAUGGAGGAAAAGAUGACUUGGAGAAGAUAACAAAAAUUGCCAGGGAAAUGGUGAUUAGCCCCCAAAAUACAAAAUUGGGUCUCACUCAACUGGUAAAAAAGAUUGGAAUGGUGGAUUUACCAGAUAAUCCAGACGGCGAGCUGAUUAAAUACAGAUGGGACCAUCCUCAUGUAAUGCCGGCAGAUAUGUCUAUUGAAGUAUCCGAGCUAUUCACUCGCGAGUUGACAAGGUAUAUUGAGGAAACUGAAGAACUUGCGAUGAAUGCUCUGAGAGCAAACAGACACAUUCUGGAUUUGAUCACAGGAGAGUUGCUGGAACGAUCAAGGAUAACUGGAUUGGAAGUUGAAGAGAAGAUGAAGAGUCUUUCUCCUUUAAUGUUUGAGGAUUUUGUGAAACCAUUCCAGAUAAACGCAGACGAAGAGGAACCUUUGCCUCCCAAGGAUCGGGUGAGCUAUCAGCCAAUUGAUUUACGUCCUGCACCACUCCACAGAUGCUAGAAGAAGCUUUUACUCUUCUCCUGUCACCACAAAGAUGGGCCCUCUCAUAAACCAUAUUGUCCAAACAUAUAGAGAACAUUUAGCAAAGUUUUGUACUCUGCUUCUGUCUGUAUCUGAUACUAUUGUAAUAUGGUUACUGGUGAAGUUAAAACAGUGGUGUAUUAAACAGAGACAAAAUAAUGAUAUAAAUUUAUUUUUCAUA